AGUUGCGAGGAGGGGGAGGGCAGAUUCGCCUUCUGAAUUGUGCAUCCAGCUCCCAGGGAUCUGUGUUUUGCACCCACCUUGCAAGGAAGGAUUGCAACCUUGCAAUCUUUGUAAAAGCUGCGUUUAGUAAGAAGACACAGAAGCGGUUGAAUCUGGAGUGGAGAUAGCCGAGCUGGGCUAAAGUUGCCCUCAAUCUGGGGAGAGAAAAUGGCUUCGGAGGAGGAGGUAGUGGGGACCAUCCCGCAGGGCCUCCAGGAACCUUUUCCAACGGAGUGGGCAGGUGAGAAAAUGGCCGAUGGAGGCCCUAGAAGACAGACAGACGUUUCUGAGGACACCACUGUGACCAACCACGUUGCUCUGGUGAAAAAUGAAGCGGCUGCCGCAUGCGAGAAAGUCUGCACGAGGGAUGUCACAGAAAUGGUGGUGACGUCUCAUUCGGAAGCAGACGACCCCCGGCUUCCAGACCCACCGCGCUGGGACGAUAUAUUUUUGACGUCUGUUGAGAAGGCGGUUGACACCCGUCUGGGAAAGUGGAUGUCGCAGCUCAUACCGGGCCUGAAAGAGGAAGGGCCACGAUUUGAGGAGAGGGAAGCGGGAGAUUACGGGAAGGUGAAGGCGGCCAUCUUGCGGGUUGACGCCAUCAGCACCGAAGUCCAGCGGCAGCACUUCCGCCUGUUCCAAUACAAGGAGGCCGACGGGCCCCGUGAAGCCUGCAGCCGCCUCUGGUUCCUUUGCCACCGGUGGCUGAAGCCGGAGAGGCACACCAAGGAGCAGAUCCUGGAGCUGCUGAUCCUGGAGCAGUUCCUGGCCAUCCUGCCGCCGGAGAGCCAGAGUUGGGUCAAAGAUGGCUGCCCGGAGACCUGCGCCCAGGCGGUGAUGUUGGCCGAGGAUUUCCUCCAGAGGCAGCGAGAGCCCGAAAGGCCGGAAACACAAGUGCCUGGAUUGUUUAAGGAGGCCAGUGAGACGUCCCUGAAGGCCGAAGGAGCUCUCUUGGACCCUGAGCAGAGACAGCAGGCCCUGGAGGUCAAGGAGGAGACUGCUGCGGAGGACAGUUCUUCACGAGGCAACCUGUGCCCUAGUGAGAACAACAUAGGGAGCCCCCAGCCAGAUAACAGAGAGCAUGAGGGGCUGUGUGGGGCAUCCGAUGAAGGCCUUGAGGAGACCUUGCCUCUCUUUGACAAACCGGAAGACCUACCCGAAAGGCCGCCGCGAUCAGAUAAGCUGUCAAAAAAGCCGCCUAGGAAGAGGCUGCAAAAAUCCAUCCCGUUGGCGGGUGGUUACGAAGAUCUCAGUGUAGCCGCGGCAGAGAAGGAGACAGGCGAGGGCAAGCCGCCCAUGAAGAUCAUCGUCUACGAAGAAAACUUCAGUCAGGGCUCAGACCAAGCCGGAGAGAAAAUUCACAAGUGCUCGGUGUGCGGCAAAUGCUUCAGCCUCCGGUCGCGCCUUAUCGUUCAUGAGAGAACCCACACGGGAGAGAAGCCCUACACGUGCUCCGAUUGCGGGAGGAGCUUCAGCGUCAGCUCCAGCCUCAUUGCCCACCGCAGGACACACACGGGAGAGAAGCCCUACAAGUGCUCGCACUGCGCCAAGAGCUUCAGUGUGAAGUCUGGGCUGAUCGCUCACGAGAGAACCCACACGGGGGAGAAACCGUACAAAUGUCUGUACUGCAGCAAGAGCUUCCGGCGCAACUCUGGCCUUGUUAGUCAUCAGAGAAUCCACACCGGCGACAAACCUUACCAGUGCUCGGUGUGCGAGAAAAGCUUCAGCGACAUCUCGAACCUCAUCACGCAUCACAGGAUCCACACGGGGGAAAAGCCGUACAAGUGCUUGGAGUGUGGGAAAAGCUUCAGCCAGAGCUCGUACCUCAACAGCCACCAGAGAAUCCACACAGGGGAAAAGCCAUACGAGUGCUCCGAGUGCGGGAAAACCUUCAGCGUCAGCUCGCGCCUCAGGAAGCAUCAGAGAAGCCACACGGGCGAGAGACCGUUUAUAUGUUUGGACUGUGGGAAAACUUUCAGCGAAAGCUCAGAUCUCCUUGCGCACGAGAGGGCCCACACCGGGGAGAAGCCCUACCGGUGUUCGUUCUGCGGGAAGAGCUUCCUGCGCAGCUCGGAAGUAGUCAGUCACGAGAGGAUCCACACGGGCGAGAAGCCAUACCAGUGCGGGGAAUGCGGGAAGAGCUUCAGCGUCAGCUCCCGCCUCAGCGCGCACAGAAGGAUCCACACGGGAGAGAAGCCUUUCCAGUGCAUGGUGUGCGAGAGAAGCUUCAGCUACAAAUCGCACCUCAUUACACAUCAGAGAAUCCACACCGGCGAGAAGCCCUUUCAGUGCUCCGUCUGUGGGAAGAGCUUUCGCGGCAGCUCUAGCCUCGUGGCCCACGAGAGGACACACACAGGGGAGAAACCGUACCGGUGUUUGGACUGUGGGAAAAGCUUUACUCAGAGCUCAAACCUCAUUAGUCAUCAGAGAAUCCAUGCAGAAGGAACCGCGCGUUGUGCAAUGGAAACAAAGCGCGCCUCCGCUUUGAUUCGUCCUCCUUUGCAAAGCUGGGCUGAGCUUUCCUCCUCCUCCAAGCCCUCCUCCGGAAACCGGUUUAUUUUAAUUAAGCUCUGCAGCUGGGAGUUGGUCGCAGAGGACACCCUUUGCAUGCAGAAGGUCUCGGGUUCAAAUCCCGCCGCCUCCGGAGACUGCGAAAGAGUGGCUGGCGAGGAAAUGGACGUCGCGCCGCCUGUGUGGGAAAGGGGGGCAGGAGCAGUAAAUGCCCCUGGCCCUAGAGGACAAAACCGGAGAUCCGGAGAACAGAUUAAACAGGAACCAGAGGACAGGCUGCACCGGCACUGGGAUGCCCAGUUGCAGGAGUUCCUGAGGACCCUGGAGUCUCCCCACUCUGGCUGGGGGGUCCCCCAGUUGCCGGAGGAGCCCACCCCCUGGGACGACACCAAGGGCUUUCUGGCCUCCUUCGAGCAAGUGGCCAAAGCCUGCCGCUGGCCCAAGGUGGAGUGGGCGGCCCGACUCCUGCCAGCCCUCAGCGGGGAAGCCGAGCAGGCCGUUAGCCGGCUGGAGGGCCGGGACAGAGAGGAUUAUGGGAAAGUGAAGGCGGCCAUCUUGCAAUGGGACAGCUUCCGGAGGGAGACUCGGCGCCAGCGCUUCAGGCGUUUCUGCUACCAGGAGGCCGAGGGGCCGAGAGGGGCUCACCGCCGGCUGCUGGAGCUUUGCGACGGGUGGCUAAGGGUCGAGAAGCACACCAAGGAGCAGAUCCUGGAGCUGCUCCUUCUUGAACAGCUCCUGACCGUCCUGCCUGCGGAGGUCCAGGACUGGGUCAAGGGACGGAGCCCAGAGACCUGCUCCCAGGCGGUGGCCCUGGCCGAGGAUUACCUGCAGAGGCAGCCAGAGGCCGCGAGGCAGCGACCACAGGGGCUGAAUCAACUGGAAGAAGAGGCGGCGGCUGCGGUAGAGUCCUCUGAGGCGGAACAGACUUUGUCUGACCUCGGGUGGAGUGUGUUUGGCCAGCGGGCCAAAGAGGAGCAAGUCAGCAGGGAUGCUGAGCUGUUGGCAAUGAAAGGUUGGAUGAAUGUAAGGAAGGAGGAGAAAUGUGCAGAAGAGGAUUUGAAGGAGGCCGAUCCAACUGGAACAUCUGCGGAGCCAACGGAAGAGGAUGUUUCCCUGAGUCACAGGCAGGGAGGCCUCCCAGAAAGUCAGCCUGGGCAAGAGGAGCAGCAGGAAUCUUGUCCGGAGAGCAACGAACAAACCUUGCUUUGUGGAGGAGACGACACAGAAAUCGCUGCCCAGCAACAAACCCGCCCUGGUUAUGAUGACCAGUCACGGGAGUGUGACGAGAAAUACGGGCGAUUGGACUGUCCAGAGGUCCGGCAGGAUGGCGAGCACCCAGGAACAGCAGCGGAGAGUGUCUCUCAGCCCAGACGCGAGAGGGCCCCGCUCCAAGAAGAGGCUUUCCGGUGCGGUGACUGCGGGAAGAGUUUCAACCGCAAGCAGAACCUCCUGAGGCACAAUCUGACCCACACCGGGGAGAAGCCCUUCAAGUGCGCCUACUGCCCCAAAAGCUUCGUCCAGGUCUCCGACCUGACGCGCCACGAGAGGACCCACACGGGGGAGAAGCCAUUCGGCUGCUCCUUCUGCGAGAAGCGCUUCAACUGCAACUCCAACCUGCUCAUGCACGAGCGCAUCCACACGGGCGAGAAGCCGUUCAUGUGCCUGUCGUGCGGGAAGACCUUUGUCCAGAUCUCCGACCUGACGCGCCACGAGCGGACCCACACGGGCGAGAGGCCGUACGGCUGCUCCUUCUGCGAGAAGCGCUUCAGCUGCAACUCGCACCUCCUGGUGCACCAGCGGAUCCACACGGGCGAGAAGAAGCCGCACCAGUGCGCCACCUGCGGCAAGAGGUUCAGCUACCAGUCGGUGCUGCUGGCGCACAUGACGGUCCACACGGGCGAGAAGCCCCACGCCUGCCCGCACUGCGGGAAGCGCUUCCAUUCCCGCCCGGGCCUCAUCCGCCAUAAGAAGAGCCACGCGGGAGAGAAGCUGGCGCACAAGUGCUCCCAUUGCGCGGAGAGCUUUGGCCUGCGGCAGCAGCUCAUGCUCCACGAGCGGACCACGCACGCGGGGGCCAAGCGAUACCAUUGCUCGGCCUGUGGGAAGAGCUUCAACACUCACACCACCCUGGCUAGGCAUGAAAGGAUUCACAAGGGGGGAGCCACAUAGUAGUAAUUGUUGAAUAGUGGGUAGACAUAGCAGACAACGCAUCGAUUUCUCCAAAGCAGCUCUUUAUUUGUAAGCUGGAACAGAACUGAACAGCAAACAGCUCAGCCAGCCUGCUUUUAUAGGCAGCCGGCUGUCAACAUUGUAGCAACAACAACCCAGGGUUUCCUGCCUAAAAUAACUGACGUGGACCUGAGUGAAAACUCUACACGAUACUCCUGGUGGCCAGUGUGAGAACUUCAAUAAAUAAUAAUAAUAAUAAUAAUAAUAAUAAUAAUAAUAAUAAUAAUAAAUUUUAUUUAUACCCCACCCUCCCUAGCCUAGGCCGGGCUCAGGGCGGCUAACAACCAAUGAUAAAACAAGUUGAAUGAAUACAACUUAAAAACAAGAUUAAAAGUAAGCCCAGGGGUAGCCCUAAAUAUCGGGGAGACCACCUCCUUCCCUGCAGACUCUCUAGAGUGUUAAAAUGGGCAGAGGGGACCCUGCUCUGGGAAGCCCCUCUGCCGCCAGACGUUUGGGGGGUGGCAGCCUGAGACAGGGCCUUUGCAGCAGCAGCCCCUAAAUUGUGGAAUUCCUUCCUCAGAGUUGCAUCUGGCAUCUUUGUCGUGCAGAUUUCAUCAUCGGCCAGAGGUGCAACACCCAGUCUGUUCUAUAGGUAUAUCGUUUAAAGCUGAUUUUAACCUUGUAUUUUUAUAUGGUUGGAUCCCACCGUUGUGGCGAAGGGCAAGUGAGAAACCAAAUAAGUAAAUAACUGUGAUAAUGUAUUUUGCACGUUAUUUUGUGUGUUAUUGUGAACAUGUAUUUGUUUUUCCCCCCUCCCUAAAUGAGUAUUUCCUAGAGUAAAAAAACCCAAACAUUU